CAUCCCUUAUACCAGGAAUCAGCGAGUAAGAUUGAGACAGACACGCGUGCGCGAAUCCACAAGGUACAUUGGUAUAUGUCCAUAUGUAUACAGAACUCACCUAUCUACAAACUGAACCCUCUGUAUUUUCAACCCCCAAUGAGAAGGGAAAAAGACAGAAACUAAAAGCGAGAGAAAGAGAGAGAGGGCUUGGAAAAGAGAGUGAGUAACGAGUAUCAACAACCACGCGAGCUCGAGAUUCAGUUUUCCGCUGGAAGUGUUGCGCGACGUAUCCGUUUAUAUAUUCAUCAUAAUAAAUUUUUAUAAUUAGCUUAAACUAAUUAAUUAUUACAAUAUUAAUAGCAUAACUAUUUAUAUUUAUUUGAAAUUUUUCAUUUUUAUUUAAAAAUUAAUAACGUCACACUUUAAAUUUAUAUACUAGUUGGAGUAUAAAAAAUAAUUAUACAUAAAAUUUAUGUAUUUCAGUUUUAUACUCAUGACUUAAAAAUAAUAAAAUCCUUUUUCCGCGUCUUGGUCGCUUAGAAACGCACCGAGCGUGGGUCGCUGAGUGGUUUAUACCCAGAGGAUUAUUUUGUUAUCAGAAAAUACUACUCUUAGUAGAUUUUUAUACACAUAUAUAUAUCAUAUGUACACUAUUUACUUGAUACAGUUACUCUAUUUCGAAGUGCAGAAAAAAAAUAGUUAAAUUAUCGCAGUAUAUGUUUUGGUGAACAGACGUCAUAUGAAGUGUAAUUUAAAUAAUUAGUCGUAUAUAAUGAACAUUACGAGGAUUUUUAUGUCAUUAUGGCAACGUCUACGGUAACGAGAUACCAUCAGGGUAAUGAACGAUCAUCCCGUCCAUGUAAUACACGUCCGAAUGUCGUACAAUCGUCCUUGACCACCACAUGCCCACCAAGCAGUUUUCCCGACAAAUUUCAAGAUUUUUUUGCUACACUUAACGAGGACGCUGAUGAUUUAUCCAACAUGUUGGAAGACAAACUUAUCCCCAGAAAGACGGAUAAUACCGAGACAAAAGGUAACAGUAGACGAUGGACAAAACGUACAUUUCAACGCCGCAGUAGUGAAAUAGAGGUACGGCUACACCGAACCUCGGUUUCCACUAAUGGACAAUCAGACAGAAUGGGUAUUGAAACUGGUCCCAAGUCACCAACUCCGUCAAGAAGACGAAGCUCUAGCAUUGCUGUUGCCCGACCUACACCUGAUUUACACAGAUUUCUGCAGACAGAAGCUGGUCCCUGGGGCCAUUUAUCACCGUCACCACGUAGUCCGACACGUCCGACAAGUGCACUAAGUCCUGGUGGUACGUCAUCGACAUCUCAACAUCUCAGUCCAAGUCCUACAAGUCCCGCUGGGCCGGGAACGAUUUCACGAACUCAACGAACUGAUCGACAGCAGCAUCGUGGGAGGACAAGUAGCAUGCCAGCAGUUCCACGACAUCGGCCAAUGUUAGCGGAAACUAAACGAAGUGGAAUAACCGGAUGUGAAGACGGUGAAACUGAAGACGGGGUCGAGUACUACCGACUAAGAUCCUUCUCUAUAACAGCGAAUGGUGUGUUCAAUCUUGGAGACUCGCUUAAAAGCCGUCGUAGUCGUAGUAUCAACAGCGUCACGUCCUCUGGAACGAGCUGCAGCAGUACCAGAGAUGCGCGACUACUCAGCUCUGCGUCGCAACACUCUUGUAUUGAGAGCGAGGAUGCUGAGAACUCAGGACAAGUGGCCACUUAUAAAGUAGGAAUGCUUGGCGCCGCAGGAGUUGGCAAGACAGCACUCACGGCGCAAUUCACUACCAGUGAAUACAUUUGCGCCUACGACGCUUCUUUAGACGACGAAUACGGACAGAAAAGUGUAUCAGUGAUGAUUGAUGGUCAAGAAGCUGAGCUAGAAAUCGUUGAUCAUCCAGCAUCAGAAAUGGCAGUUGAAAGCUUUUGUGCAACAUACAACCCCGAUGUUUAUGUCGUCGUGUACUCAGUAGUAGAUCGACCGAGCUUCAAAGUAGCUGAAGAAAUUCUUCUUUAUUUGUGGGAAAGUGACUACAUGGCUACCCACGGUGUUAUUCUUGUCGGUAACAAGGUCGACCUCGAAAGAAAACGUGAAGUGACAACUCUUGUAGGGAGAAGACUUGCCAAUAGCUGCGGUUGCAAGUUUAUCGAAACGUCUUCCGGGCUCGCUCAUCAUGUCGAUGAGUUGCUUGUUGGAAUAUUGGCUCAAAUCAAAUUGAAUCCCCAGCGGGAUAGAGAUCAAGUUACCAGACGCAGAAGAAGUAAACAUCGAAGGAGAAUUCUCAAACAUCUAUUAGGUUUCAAAAGAAAAACUAAAAGCUGCGAAAAUUUGUUUACUUUAUGAUUUUUUUUUAUUGAAGUAUUUUAUCAUUUUCAUUUUUUGCUGAUGUCAGUCAUUAUUAUCACACUUAUUGAUUUAUUUAUUUUUUAUUUUGGGAUGAGUGAUGAGAAAAAUAAAAUUACUUUUUUUGCAUCGUAAUUAUAUUGAGUAAAUGAAAAAGCGAAUUUUAAUUAUAAUAUUGAUCGGAAAUUUAUAGAUAGUUAAAUUUUCAUCUUUAUGUAUGUGUGUAUUCGACUUAAAAAAUUAGUUUAUAUUCAUAUAUACUAUAUAUAUACAAAGUUAAUAUAAAAAAAAAAUUAAAAGUGUAAAUUUACCAAUAAAAUUUCCAUAAAAAUAAAUAAAUAAUAAAUUCUUUUAAAGGUACAACUAAAAUAUCGUAUCGAUUUAUUAUAUCAAAUAAUAAUAAUAAUAAUAUUAAUAUUAAUAACAAAGAAAAAUAAAAUAAAACCACUAACGAACAUAAAAGCAAACAAACUCAAUACUACAGAGUUAAAUUAUACUGCCUUUCCGUAAAAGGAUCAAAUUCAUUUAAAUAAAUAACGAUUCGUAGUAUUGACUUUAUAUUAAAUUAAUAAGAAAAAACUGAUAACUAUUAUAUUACUUUCGUUAAUUAAUAAACGUAUAGUUUAGCGGUAAAUCAAAAGACAAAUUAAUUUAAAUAAUUAGUCAUUAAUAUAUUGUUUAAUAAAUUUUUUAGCAUUUGAAAGCUAAAUUUAUUUUUAAACACCAAGUUUAUUUACUAUUUUUUGUUUAAGUAAACCGCGAGCUAUUGGUUUAAAAUUUGUAAUUUGAAAAUAAGAAAAAUAGUUUUAAAAAUAGAUAACAGCAUAAAGUAAUAAUUAAUAAGUAUAUGGUAUAAUGGAAAUAUGUAUCAAGGAGUGAGAAUGUCUGAAAUAUUUUAAUUGUAAGAAAACUAGUAUAGUCUACAUGCCAAAGUUUACAAGUUGAACCUUUGUUACCAUUAUCUUGAGAUUUUCUUCCUAUUGUGUGUGGCCAGUGAACCGCGUCAUCGCUUCCGAAGAGGCUUUUGUCUACAGUCCACUUGACCUCUUAGUUUUUCCUCCUCAUCAUUCCUGUCCUUUUACUUGUUCAUACCCUUAAGGCUGUAACACCCCUUUUAAAUAUAUAUAUAUAUAUAUUAGGGUGUUUAAAAAAAAAUAUUUUUUCUUAUGGUCUCAAAAGCUGGUUUAAGUAUAAAAAAAAAUCCUCCCAUAAGAGCGGCUAGAAAUCUUAGUCCUACUAAGAGCUCAACGAAUAUUCAUUUUCCCAUUUAAAUUGCACGUGAAAAAAUUUUUUUUCGUUUUAAAAAACAAAAAAAAAAAUUCCACAUGUAAUUCAAAUGGGAAAAUGGAUAUGAAUUUUUUGAUUGCUUUCAAAAUGAUAAAGUAUAAAAAAAAAAUAUUUCAGAAAAUUUCACCUAUAGCUUUUUUAAUUUUCUACAUGUGCAUAUUUUUAUUUUUUUAAUUAAAUUAUUGAAAAAAAAAUCCAAAAAUUGUUAAGGGGGGUAGGGUUUUAAAAUUAUUUUUUUUAAAUUUUUUAUCUGAAUGAACAAUAUUUCGAGAAUAUUGUGUACAAAUUUUAAAUCAAUCCGGGUAAAACUAACGGAGUUACAGCGUUUCAAAUGACCGGCCGUUAUACCUGAUUUUUAUACCUGCCCGACCUGUCCCUAGUAGAAAUCAGCUGCAAUUUUCUUUGUUCUUCCGAAUCCCUUUCUCCGGCUGUGUGUCUUUCAAAGGAUGUAAACUGAUGACUCAAUAUAAGUAUAAAAAUUCAUAUUCUUUUAUUGAUAGUUUAUUUCAAAUUUUCACGAAUAAAAAACUUUAAAUGGAUUCUCCCGAAAACGUUAUUUUUAAAGUCCGUGAACAUCAUAACUCAAAAUGUACUGAACCGAUCCUUUUGAAAAUUUGAACAUUACUUCUUCACAUAAAUCAACAGGUAACCACGAAGAGUUUUUUUUUGUUUUUCAUUUUUUUCUAUUUUUUAAUAACAAAUUAACCGCGAUUUUUUGAGCUAAAAUCGCGUUUUUCACUUCCAAGUGCUGCAAAAAAUCGAAAAAAAAAAACUCUUCGUGGUUACCUCGAGAAAUACAUCAACUUUAAAAUGCAUAUCAAUUUUUUUUUUCCGAUGAUCCGGUAACGAGUUAUGAUGUUCACCGCAAAACGACUUUUUUUCGAGGCACCUCCAGAGAUUCAACGUCACCGACUUAUUAAUCAAUAUUUUUCGUUGAAAAUUGUUUCUGAUAUUCUUUGAAAGUUGUACAAUAAUAUGUGAUUAAGUUUAAUGAAAUUAUAUUACUCAUCUCGGCGGGAAAAAAUCACAAAAAUAUGCUUUUUUUUCGCCUACCCCCUCCUUAAUUGUCAGCGAACUUCAUGGUCAUAAAUGAACAUUUAUUGAGCUCUUAGGAGAAUAGACAUUUCGAGUUGAUCUUUUAGGAUUUUUUUUAUACCUGAGACUAAUAUUCAAGACUAGAAGGCUGAAAAAAAAAAUUUUUUAUUAAACACCCUCGUAUACUACUGUGGACUGCAUUUUUCAAACGAAACAGUAAUCAUUUUUCAAAAAAAAAAAAAUUAUUAAUCUAUAAACUAACAUCCAACUUAUCCCUAUAAUUCAAUAGAAUAAAAAAUUUAUUUGAAUUGACUGCUCGUAAAUAUAUAUCAAUUAUUAUAUGUAAUUUUAGAAAAUAUUUUUGAAUACCAAAAUAAAAAUAAAAAAAUAUUGUAUCCAUUUACUUGAUAAAUCUUUUUAAUAAUUUAAAUACUAGAUCAUAAUUUUAUUAUCAGCUUCAAGAAUU